CGCUCAGCCUGCCCUUACCUGGAGUUUCACUACCAUGGACUUAACCGAGGAUAGCGCUGUGGAAAUUAUCCUGUGCUGACCCACUUAUUCUCACCUUUCUUCCUCUCUAUCUUUGCCGCCUUCUUUCAUUCCUGCCAGGUGUAAUCUAACCUGAGGAACCAUGUCGGACAAGAUGUCCAGUUUCCUCCAUAUUGGGGACAUUUGUUCCCUCUAUGCAGAGGGUUCCACCAGUGGAUUUAUCAGCACUUUAGGGCUGGUUGAUGACCGUUGCGUGGUACAACCAGACACAGGCGACCUCAACAACCCACCCAAGAAAUUCAGAGACUGCCUUUUCAAACUGUGUCCUAUGAACCGAUACUCAGCACAGAAACAGUUCUGGAAGGCGGCAAAGCCUGGAGGCAGCAGCACCACUGACACACUCCUCCUCACCAAACUCCAUCAUGCUGCUGACCUGGAGAAGAAGCAGAAUGAGUCUGAGAACCGCAAGCUGCUGGGAUCAGUCAUCCAGUAUGGAAAUGUCAUCCAGUUACUGCACUUGAAAAGCAAUAAAUACUUGACAGUGAACAAGCGUCUACCUGCACUGUUGGAAAAGAAUGCCAUGAGAGUGACUCUGGACUCAGCGGGAAAUGAAGGAUCCUGGUUCUACAUCCAGCCCUUCUACAAGCUGCGGUCCCUGGGAGACAGUGUGGUGAUAGGAGAUAAAGUGGUCCUUAACCCUGUGAAUGCAGGACAGCCUCUACAUGCCAGUAGCCACCAGCUGGUUGACAAUCCAGGGUGCAAUGAGGUUAACUCUGUAAAUUGCAACACAAGUUGGAAAGUUGUUCUGUUCAUGAAAUGGAGCGACAACAAAGAAACUAUACUAAAGGGGGGUGAUGUAGUCCGGCUGUUCCACGCAGAGCAGGAGAAGUUCCUCACUUGUGACGACCACAGGAAGAAGCAGCAUGUGUUUCUUAGAACGACAGGCCGACAGUCUGCCACUUCCGCCACUAGCAGCAAAGCACUGUGGGAAGUAGAGGUGGUCCACCAUGACCCAUGUAGGGGAGGUGCAGGCUACUGGAACAGCUUGUUCAGGUUUAAACAUUUGGCCACAGGGUGCUAUUUGGCUUCAGAGAUGGGUGAGGUAAAUCCAGAUUUUGAGGAGGAGAGUGCUGAGCAGCGGUCAUCGCUGGAUGCAGAUAAUGAAGCGUUGCGGGGUCGUCUGCGAGCACCACAGGAGAAAAUCAUGUACACCUUGGUGCCAGUCCCAGACGGCAUGGACAUCUCUUCCAUUUUUGAGCUAGACCCCACCACUCUGAGAGGCGGGGAUUCCAUGGUGCCGAGGAGCUCCUAUGUGAGGCUAAGACACUUGUGCACCAAUACGUGGGUUCACAGCACCAACAACCCAAUCGACAAAGAAGAGGAGAAACCUGUUAUGUUACGAAUUGGAACAUCAGCAGUAAAAGAAGACAAGGAAGCUUUCGCCAUUGUACCAGUGCCACCAGCUGAAGUGCGUGAUUUAGACUUUGCCAACGAUGCCAGUAAAGUGUUGGCGUCCAUUGCCGGCAAGCUGGAAAAGGGUACCAUUACCCAAAAUGAAAGGAGGUUUGUGACCAAGCUUCUGGAAGAUCUAGUUUUCUUCGUGGUGGACAUCCCUAACAGUGGGCAGGAUGUUUUGGAGAUCAUGGUUAACAAGCCUAACAGAGAAAGACAAAAACUCAUGAGAGAGCAGAAUAUCCUGAAGCAGAUUUUCAAACUGCUCCAAGCACCUUUCACAGACAGUGGUGAUGGUCCCAUGCUGCGGCUGGAGGAACUAGGAGACCAGCGCCAUGCUCCUUUUAGACACAUUUGCAGGCUUUGCUACAGAGUGUUACGCCACUCUCAGCAAGAUUACAGGAAGAAUCAGGAAUACAUAGCCAAACAAUUCCGCUUCAUGCAGAAACAGAUAGGAUAUGAUGUGCUGGCAGAAGACACAAUAACAGCUCUACUCCACAACAACCGCAAGCUGCUGGAGAAACAUAUCACUGCUGCUGAGAUUGACACAUUUGUCACUCUAGUGAGAAAGAACCGGGAACCAAGGUUUCUGGACUACCUGUCGGAUCUCUGUGUGUCCAUGAGCAAGUCCAUCCCUGUGACACAAGAGCUCAUCUGCAACGCAGUGCUGGAUCCUAGCAAUGCUGACAUUCUCAUUGAAACUAAAUUGGUCCUGUCGAGAUUUGAGAUUGAGAUGACAGCAAAUGGAGAGAGUCCCGUGGAGGCAGAGGACGAGGAGGAGGUGUGGCUGUUCUGGAAAGACAACUGUAAGGAGAUCCGAAGUAAGAGUGUCCGAGAGUUGGCCCAGGAUGCAAAGGAGGGCCAGAAGGAGGACCAGGAAGUCGUCAGCUACUAUAGGUGCCAGCUGAACCUAUUUGCCCGCAUGUGUCUGGAUCGUCAGUACUUGGCCAUCAACAAGAUCUCUGGUCAGCUGGACGUGGAUUUGAUUCUGCGCUCUAUGUCUGAUGAGGACCUACCCUUUGACUUGCGGGCCUCUUUCUGCCGCCUCAUGCUGCACAUGCAUGUGGACCGUGACCCCCAGGAGCAGGUCACGCCUGUCAAAUAUGCCCGUCUUUGGUCUGAGAUUCCUUCUCAAAUCGCUAUCGAUGACUAUGACAAUGAUGGGACCACCAGAGAUGAGAUCAAAGAGCGAUUCUGCCUCACCAUGGAUUUUGUGGAGAACUACCUGAGAGAGGUGGUGUCACAAAACAUUCCCUUCUCUGACAAGGAGAAAAACAAGCUUACCUUUGAGGUAGUGAACCUGGCAAGAAACCUCAUAUACUUCGGUUUUUACAACUUUAGUGACCUGCUCCGACUGACGAAGAUAUUACUGAACAUUUUAGACUGUGUCCAUGUCAGCACCAUUUACCCCAUCAACAAGAUAGAGAAAGGAGAGGAAAACAAAGCUGGCAGUAAUGUAAUGAAGUCCAUUCAUGGAGUUGGGGAGCUGAUGACCCAGGUAGUGCUGCGAGGAGGUGGCUUGUUGCCCGCCACACCGACUCAUCAGCCAGAGGGAGAUGUGGUUAAAACCCAGACUGAACCAGAGAGAGAAGACAUCAUGGUCAUGGACACGAAACUCAAGAUCAUUGAGAUUCUACAGUUCAUUUUGAACGUACGGCUGGACUACAGGAUCUCCUGCCUGCUCUGUAUUUUCAAACGAGAGUUUGAUGAGAACAACCCACAAGGAGAUAACACUGCCAAUAAUGUCACAAGUCAGAUGCCAGGAAAUCUUGACUUUGAGAAUAUUGAGGAACAAGCAGAAGGGAUCUUUGGAGGAAGUGAGGAGAACACUCCACUAGACCUGGAUGACCACGGUGGUCGUACCUUCCUAAGGGUCCUGCUACACCUCACAAUGCAUGACUACCCACCUCUCGUAUCUGGAGCACUUCAUCUGCUCUUCAGACAUUUCAGCCAGAGACAGGAAGUCCUCAUGGCCUUCAAACAAGUCCAGCUGCUUGUGACCAGUCAGGAUGUUGAUAACUACAAGCAGAUCAAGUCUGACCUGGAUCAGCUGCGAUCUAUUGUGGAGAAGUCUGAACUGUGGGUCUACAAGAGGCAGGGAGAAGAUGGGAUGGACGGAGAUGGACCUUCAGAGUCUGAUAGCAAAAAGAAGGGAGAUUCACCUGGUUCAGACAAAAAGAAGACAGAAAGCACCAGUAGUUACAACUACAGGGUUGUAAAAGAGAUCCUGCUGCGUCUCAGUAAGCUAUGCGUCCAGGAGGGAGCAUCGGGGAAGAAGAGUAAGAAACAGCAGCAGAGGCUGCUGAGGAACAUGGGAGCCCACAGCGUGGUGCUGGAGCUCCUACAGAUCCCCUAUGAAAAGGGCGAGGAUGUCCGAAUGCAGGAAAUCAUGAAACUUGCUCAUGAGUUUCUGCAGAAUUUCUGUGCAGGAAACCAACCAAAUCAGACUCUUCUCCACAAGCACAUCAACUUGUUUCUUAAUCCAGGGAUUCUAGAGGCAGUCACCAUGCAGCACAUCUUCAUGAAUAACUUCCAACUGUGCAGUGAGAUCAACGAGCGUGUGGUUCAACACUUCGUCCACUGUACUGAGACUCAUGGUCGACAUGUCCAGUAUCUCAAGUUCCUGCAGACCAUUGUGAAGGCUGAGAACAAGUUCAUCAAGAAGUGUCAGGACAUUGUCAUGGCUGAGCUUGUGAACUCGGGCGAGGACGUCCUGGUCUUCUACAACGACCGUGCUUCCUUCCAAACACUAGUCCAAAUGAUGCGUUCAGAGCGGGAUCGUAUGGAUGAAAACAGCCCUCUAAUGUAUCACAUCCACCUGGUAGAACUGCUUGCUGUCUGCACAGAGGGCAAGAACGUCUACACUGAGAUCAAGUGUAACUCCCUGUUGCCCCUGGAUGAUAUUGUGCGUGUCGUCACCCAUGAAGACUGUAUCCCUGAGGUGAAGGUUGCCUAUAUCAACUUCCUGAACCACUGCUAUGUUGACACAGAGGUGGAGAUGAAGGAGAUUUAUACAUCCAACCACAUGUGGAAGCUGUUUGAGAACUUCCUGGUGGACAUUUGUAGGGUGUGCAACAACACCAGUGACAGGAAGCAUGCGGAUACCAUGCUGGAGCGUUAUGUAACUGAGACAGUCAUGAGCAUUGUCACAUGUUUCUUCAGCUCUCCUUUCUCUGACCAGAGCACUAGCCUGCAGACUCGUCAGCCGGUGUUUGUACAACUGCUACAGGGAGUGUUCAGGGUAUACCACUGUAACUGGCUUAACCCUGUUCAGAAAGCCUCAGUAGAGGCUUGUAUUAAAGUACUCUCAGACGUGGCCAAGAGCAGAGCCAUUGCCAUCCCAGUGGACCUGGACAGUCAGGUCAACAACUUGUUUGUCAAGUCCAAUAAUGUCGUGCAGAAGAGCAUCCUUAACUGGAGACUAUCGGCUAAGAGCACCAACCCCAGACGGGACUCCGGCAUGACUACCUCCAAAGACUACAGAAACAUCAUUGAGAGGCUACAGGACAUAGUGUCAGCACUGGAGGACCGCCUUCGGCCGCUGGUCCAAGCUGAGCUCUCGGUGCUCGUGGAUGUCCUGCAUCGUCCAGAGCUGCUCUUCCCCGAGAACACAGAAGCCCGCAAGAAAUGUGAAAGUGGUGGAUUCAUAUCAAAACUGAUUAAACACACUAAGCAGUUGCUGGAAGAGAAUGAGGAGCGUCUGUGCAUCAAAGUACUGCAAACACUGAGGGAAAUGAUGACAAAAGACCGUGGCUAUGGGGAGAAGGGAGAAGCUCUGCGACAGAUCUUGGUUAAUCGAUACUAUGGGAACUUCAAAACGGGACAGAGGAGAGAUAGCCUUACGACCUUCAGCAACGGCCCACUCACACCUGGAGCACAAGGAAAAACACCUACAGUUGUCAGCUCCGGGGUUGGAGGUCGAGGGGAGCUGAGUUUGGCAGAGGUCCAGUGCCACCUGGACAAAGAAGGGGCUUCUGAUCUCGUCAUUGACCUCAUCAUGAACGCUACCAGUGACCGGAUCUUUCAGGAGAGCAUACUGCUAGCCAUCGCUCUACUGGAGGGCGGGAACACGGUCAUCCAGCGGUCAUUCUUCCAUCGUUUAACGGGGGACAACAAGUCUGAAAAAUUCUUCAAGGUGUUUUAUGAGCGCAUGAAGCUGGCCCAGCAAGAGAUCAAAGCCACUGUGACAGUCAAUACUAGUGACCUGGGUAGCAAGAAGAAGGAUGAGGAGCCACCAGACAAAGACACACCAGCGCGCAAGAAAGUCAAAGAUGUGCCCGUGGUGGCAGUGGUGACCGAGGAGGUGAAAGAGCAGCUAGUGGAGGCUUCUGUUGUCACCAAGAAGGCCUUCACGACCUACCGCCGCGAGGCUGAAGCCGAAGAGCACCAAGCAGCCGCCGAUGGCACCCCUGUCCCCACUGCUGAUAAGAGCCAGGAGGAAGGGGAGAUGAGCGUUAUUAUUACCAUCAUGCAGCCCAUCUUACGCCUGAUGCAGCUGCUCUGUGAGAACCACAACAGAGAUUUGCAGAACUUUCUGCGCAACCAGAAUAACAAGAACAACUAUAAUCUGGUAUGUGAGACGCUGCAGUUCCUUGACUGCAUCUGCGGCAGCACCACUGGGGGUCUGGGGCUGCUGGGGCUUUACAUCAAUGAGAAGAACGUAGGACUCAUCAACCAGACUGUGGAAAGCCUGACGGAGUACUGCCAAGGUCCCUGUCAUGAGAAUCAGAACUGCAUUGCCACUCAUGAAUGCAACGGUAUUGAUAUCAUCAUCGCUCUCAUCCUCAAUGACAUCAACCCCCUAGGCAAGAAGAGGAUGGACCUGGUGCUGGAACUCAAAAAUAAUGCCUCCAAGCUUCUACUUGCUAUCAUGGAGAGUCGACAUGACAGUGAGAACGCUGAGAGGAUACUGUACAACAUGAGGCCUAAAGAGCUGGUGGAAGUAAUCAAAAAGGCAUAUAUGCAGGGUGAGAUAGAGGUGGAGGAGCCGCAGGAGGGUGAGGAUGAAGAAGAGGAGCACGCUGCAUCUCCUCGCAACGUUGGUCAUAAUAUCUACAUCUUGGCACAUCAAUUGGCUCGUCACAACAAGGAACUGCAGGCCAUGUUGAAACCAGGGGGGACGUACGGCGAGGGUGACGAGGCCCUUGAGUUUUAUGCCAAACACACAGCUCAGAUUGAGAUUGUACGUCUGGAUCGCACCAUGGAGCAGAUAGUCUUUCCCGUGCCCAACAUCUGCGAGUUCCUCACCCAAGAGUCCAAGCUGCGUGUCUACUACACCACAGAGCGGGAUGAGCAAGGCAGCAAGAUCAAUGACUUCUUUCUGCGCUCUGAGGACCUCUUCAAUGAGAUGAACUGGCAGAAGAAGCUGCGAGGUACUCAAGAGGCUACUGGUGACGCAAACACAGUUCCCUCUCAGCCUAUCCUCUACUGGUGCUCCAGGAACAUGUCAUUCUGGAGCAGCAUCUCCUUCAACCUGGCUGUACUCAUGAACCUGCUUGUGGCCUUCUUCUACCCUCUGGAGGGUGUCCAUGGAGGUACCCUGGAGCCUCAUCUAUCUGCCCUGCUGUGGAUGGCCAUGCUGGUUUCAUUAGCCAUUGUCAUCAUCUUGCCUCAGCCUCACGGCAUCCGAGCGCUCAUUGCCUCCACCAUCCUGCGCCUGAUCUUCUCUGUGGGCUUAGAGCCCACAUUGCUGCUGCUGGGAGGUUUCAAUCUAUGUAAUAAAGUCAUAUUCCUGACGAGCUUCGUCGGGAACCGUGGAACAUUCACACGUGGUUACAUAGCCAUGAUCAUGGAUGUGGAGUUCCUGUACCACCUGCUCUACCUGAUUAUCUGCUCCCUGGGGGUCUUCGUCCAUGUCUUCUUUUACAGCCUGCUGCUCUUUGAUCUGGUUUACCGAGAAGAGACCUUGCUCAACGUAAUUAAGAGUGUGACCCGCAAUGGCCGCUCCAUUGUUCUGACAGCCGUGCUGGCUCUUAUCCUCGUCUACCUCUUCUCCAUUGUGGGCUAUAUCUUCUUCAAAGACGAUUUCAUUUUGGCUGUGGACAGGAUACCCAACAAAACACUAGAACAUGGAGCCAGUAUGGUGGGAGAGUUCUUCUCUGGUGGAGCGUGUCAGAAAGAAAAUGGAGAGAACUGUUCAGCAGAAGCCGUGAUGGAUGCUUCCCUUGCCAUCCAGCCAUCAGCAGUGGUGAUAGAGGACAAGGAGCGAUCAUGUGACUCCCUGCUGAUGUGCAUUGUCACAGUAUUGAGUCAUGGCCUAAGGAGCGGAGGAGGUGUUGGGGACGUCCUGAGGAAGCCAUCAAAGGAGGAGCCCCUUUUUGCAGCCAGAGUGAUCUACGACCUGCUCUUCUUCUUCAUGGUUAUUAUCAUUGUCCUCAACCUCAUCUUUGGUGUUAUCAUCGACACGUUUGCUGACCUGAGGAGCGAGAAGCAGAAGAAAGAGGAAAUACUGAAGACAACAUGUUUUAUUUGCGGUUUGGAGAGAGACAAGUUCGACAAUAAGACUGUUACCUUUGAAGAACACAUCAAAGUUGAGCACAACAUGUGGCACUACCUGUUCUUCAUUGUCCUGGUGAAGGUCAAGGAUUCAACAGAGUACACUGGCCCAGAGAGCUAUGUGGCUGAAAUGAUCAGGGAGCACAACUUGGACUGGUUCCCACGGAUGCGGGCCAUGUCCUUAGUCAGCAGUGACGCAGACGGGGAGCAGAACGAAAUCAGAAGCCUGCAGGAGAAACUGGAAUCCACCAUGAAACUGGUGUCGAACCUCUCGGGCCAGCUGACCGAGCUCAAAGAACAGAUGACAGAACAGAGGAAGCAGAAGCAGCGAAUCGGCCUGUUGGGACAUCCUCAGCACAUGAACGUUAACCCCCAGCAGCCUGCGUAAGGUCAACUGACACAGCCCUGAAGCAGCUCAGCGUCGGCUUUGUGUGUGGACUCAGAGGUUGCACAUGAUGUAUACUGCACUGAGUGUGAGUGUCACUUGUAACUGUAGGGAAACACUGUAACAUAGGUAGUCAUAAGACGAUCUCUACCCCACGCACGUGUUGCUCCGAACAGUAACACUCGCUCACCAUGUUCUGUUCAGUCCAGUUGGAAUUAGUGCCAAAUGUUUUCUAUAUAGAGAUAAAUUGAGGGUUUUUCAACACAUGGCCUUUACUGGUUCAACCUGAAAACAGGACAAAGCUGACUGGACAGGAGGAAUUAGUCCCAUCAUUUGUUUAUCUUUUUUUUUUUUUUUUUUUUUUUUUUUUUAUAUUUUCUAUUUAUAUCUCUGGCAUAACAAGCAGUAUUUAAUGUCUUUUUGUUUGUAUGUCGUGCAAUAUAUAAACUUAAAUAUGCAACCUCACUGGUGUGUGGAUUUAAGUUCCCUAAAUCAUGUCUUAUUUGAAAGCGUGGGAAAAUGUUUUUGUCUCUACUUAAUCGUCACAGGAUAAAAUAGGGAGUUGUUGGUUGUAUUUACUUACGCAAAUAUAGAGAUAAUAUUUAAUAAGCUGGCCUUCUUAAUUUUCUUUUUGUAUUUUGUUUUAUUUCUUGAAAAAUGUGCAUAUUUCUUGAGUGUCAAAUGCACUCAAUACACAUAGUAUAUUGUGUGAGAGCAAUAUAUACAGAUAGAUUAUUUCACCUGUGUAAAUCCAACUGUGUCAUACUCAGUGAUAACUUAUUUUAUGAUUUAUUUAAUUGGGGUCUAAAAGACAUUUAGAAUGUUUGACUUGUCAGUCAAAUAUACUGCAUUACUGCUUCAGAGUCACUCAUGCUAUUACGGUUUGCUCAGGAGUUGUGUCACUUUUACUGGAAUAAAUGUAACGAGCAUCACUUCUCUUGUUCUGCAGCAAACAUGUUCCAUUUGUGCCUGUUUUUCUGUCCUCAUUUAAAGUCUGAUACACGUUUGCAGCUUGUCGCUCAUGUUUACUAAAAUGUUUUAGUAAGUCUUCAUGAUACUGUUAGAAUUCUCUUUUUUUAAUACUAUGUGUACAUAAAGUUUGUUGCUUACCUUUGCUUUUGUAUAGAAAAAUGGGAUGGAGAAAAAAGAACUAUUUCUCAAAAUGAAUGUUAAGAUUAAUUAAAAAAUCUAAGCACUGUCAAUUUGUAUAUUAAAGUAGAAUUAUUUAUUAAAAUUGAUGUAAUUAUCCUUUACUUUGUGUACUCUGUUUAUUGCUAAAGUGAUAUAAUAGGGUAAUUAUAUGAUAAUGAGGAAUUAUCCCUUUUAAAGUAAUCCAUUAGUGUGUUUUGUUGUUAAAAAUGUG